CCAUUGAAAGGCUGUUUACCAAGAGAGCAGAGCAGCUCUGACAAAAACAAGGGCUGUGGUUCAAAAGAGAGGAGCAGUAUGCUUCGUGCAUAGGCUCGGUCUCUAAACACCUACUCAGAAGCUUUCUUUUCAUUAUUUUAAGAAGAAGAAAGCCAAGAUGUCUUCUGUAAAAUCAACCUUUCAGCUGUUCAAAAUGUUUUUCUUCCUGCAAGUUGUUUUCCUGAGCGUGGCCAUUGUGGAAGGGAGCGCGUCCAGCAGAGAUCAAACAGACUGUGUGACAUUCAGAGGAGUGGACUACAGAGGAGAACAACAGAAAUCCUCCUCUGGUCUAACCUGUCUGAACUGGACCAACACCACCAGAGACUAUGAUGUUGAAACCCAUCCUGAUUCACUGACAGGUGGCGGAGAUCACAAUUACUGCAGGAACCCAGAUGCUUCGGAGAGGCCGUGGUGUUACAUUACAGCCCCUGAUGGGACGAUCCAGAGGCAGUUCUGUGCUAUUGACACAUGCACUGACCAAAACUCUGCUGCACCAAAAGAUGAAAUCCCUACAGUGAUCAUGUCCACAGAGAGCCUCCAGCCAGCCACAUUUGGAGCUCUUCAGGAGAAAGUUGCUGCUGUCCAGCCGGUGAUGGGCAUCAGCCAGCGGGUCCGAACAGGACCCAAACAGAAGAAGGACCUCGGAACUGCAGGCUACGUCCUAGGAAUCCUCAUGAUGGCAGUUAUAAUUGUGAUUGGAAUCGGCAUCACGUUGGGCUACUUCUAUAAAAGAGCCCGAGACCUGAAGAAGCAGCUGGAUCAGCGAGGGUAUGAACGCGAGAUGCAGAGGAUCACCCUGCCCCUGUCGGCCUUCUCCAAUCCCACCUGUGAGCUCAUAGACGAGAACACCAUCGUCAUCACGGCGGCUCACGAGUCCAGCCCCGUCCAGGAGGGAGAUGACCCUCUCAUGGGGCAGCACGCCGGCACUCCAGGAGCAUGAGGGCCAAGUUCUCCAACAGGAUUGUACGUUAGUAGUGGACUAAAACAUUCCCACCUCCUAGUUCCUCCUCUCCGAGUCCCUGACUGAGAAACUUUGAGUCCCUUUUUCAUUUUUUGAUUGUUUUUUUUAACAUGUGACACUUUUAGGAUCAAACAAAUGAUGUCGUCUUUAAAAAAACAAAAAACAAAUAUAAAAAUGAGCAGUCAGAUGAAUUUUGACAUAUCAGUGUUUGAUGACUCCAAAUCUUCAUGAGGUGAUGAUUGGAAUGAGGGAAUGUCCACAUUUUUCCCAGGAAGGUUACCCAAGGUCUCUGAUUUGUGUCCAUGGAGGAAGACGAGGAACGUGUUUGUACAGAGACCGUUUUAUCCUGGAGGGACACACUGGUGGGACCAAAUGCGUGUCCUUAAACAGUUAUGCUCUUCUGUUAGAGGACGCAUGAAGUAAACAGGAACCGUAAAAGACACGAGGGAAAUCCUCCCGCUCGGAAACUGCCUUAAAGCAUGACGCUCUGAAUGUAUCCUGUUUGUUCUCCUCUGGGCUGGAACCAUUUUUAAAAGCCUUGUUGGCAAUCGUCGGCAGUAAGAUGUGAAAAGAGGUCUUGUCUUUUUCUUUCACAGGUUAAGUAGUGACAGGAAUUAUAUAGAAGUGCUCUCAGGAUGCGAGGCACAAUGGUUCAUCUUCAGGGCAAAGCAGUCAUGGCGUUUGUGCAGAAAACUGCUCCCUUAGCUUUGAGUAUUCAGACAUCAGAGUUAUGCACUGAAAACACCAGAGAAGGUCUGUUUAAAAUCAUUCGCAGUCAUGAAUGCAUGUGCAUGAGGUGCUGCUGUAUUAAAGCAGAGCUACAGUGAUACAUGCUAGUGUGUAUAUAGACACCACCACACGGGGACAGCUUUAUAGGUUUUAUUUUCGUUACGCUGUGUUUCCAUUUUAUUGUUUGGGAUGUUAUGGAUUCACAUGUGGUUUUUGCUGGACCUUCAUCACUGGUUGUUCUCAAAUUUUUUUUCAUUUCAAGUGUUGGAUGUAAUUGUCCUUAUAAAAUACUGAUGUUCAGUAAUUUUCUUCUUUAUGGAUAUUUUCUUGUUCAGAUUGAAAUAAAACGGACACCAAAGUGUAA